UUUCAUUUUUCACAAUGGAAACCGAGGAAGAAAAAAUAGAAGAGAGCCCAGCGCCUCCUCUUUUGGCACUGAAUCAUGUGUCUAGGCUAUGUAGGAACGUUAAGGAGUCCAUUGAUUUCUACACCAAGGUUCUGGGUUUUGUGUUAGUUGAACGGCCUCCUGCUUUAGAUAAUUUUGAUGGUGCUUGGUUGUUCAAUUAUGGGGUUGGGAUUCACUUGGUGCAGUCCGAGGACGAAGACAGGUUGCCUUCUGACACCCACCAUUUGGAUCCCAUGGACAACCAUAUUUCUUUCCAGUGUGAAGAUAUGGAAGAAAUGGAGGGAAGAUUGAAAGAGUUCAACACCAAGUACAUUAAGAGGACAAUGGAGGAUGGAAAUGGGACAAAGAUCGACCAGCUCUUUUUCAACGACCCAGAUGACUUCAUGGUUGAAAUAUGUAAUUGUGAGAAUGUUAAGCUUGUUCCUGCUGGAUCUAUGGGAAAGAGAAAGCUCCCGUUUGAUCACCACAAUCCUCCGGUGGAUUUGAACAACUAGACAAUUCAAGCGAUUGCAAACAUUUAUUUCU